CCCACCAUGCAUAGCCUUCGUAGUUGAACUGGAACAGAGAAAGGCUUUGCGUUAGGAAUACUUGUUUUCCUCACGGCAAUCUGUGUUUCUUUCGUCUCUGCCAUAGCCUAAAUUGAUUUAAGUGCUACGGUUAACAUUCUUACCGUGGUUAAGGAAUUAUACUUGCCCUAGAUCUGCUCCCCAGUGGCGCUGGAUGCCUUGAGCAUUCUGUAAGGCCGUCUAAUUCCUGUUACACUGGAGUUCCGUCAGUAAUUCAACACUAGCAGUGCAGCACGGAGGUCAGGUGCCCGUCGGCGGACAGCUUUCGGGGGCAGAGCGCACAGGCUAGGCGACCAUGGAACCACCGACGGAUGAGCCGGGUGGCUUGCUGGUGCGGCCAGAGCGGCCGGUCUUCAAGGCACCCCCUCCCCGGACAUCAAUGCUAGGGCUAGACAAGCUGGCAGCACAGAAGCGAGCUGAGCUGGCGGAGCGGGAGAGCAAACGUGUCAAGCUGUCGUACGAAGAGGACCCCGACAGCACCUCCAACCCGGCAGCAGCGGGUGCUGGGGGUGGUCGUGCCAGCGGCCCUUCCGCAGCCGCCCCCUCCUCCUCCCUCAUGCCCCCGCCGCCGCCCCCGCCGCCCCACGAGCGGCGCUUCCGGGGGCAGCGCUCCGACACGCCCUCGCACCCUGGCGGUGUGAGCAGCUCCGCGCUGGAGUCGCUGGCGGAGCAGCGCGAGCGGCAGCGGGCACGGGAGCGGGCGGGCGGGGGGCUGUACGUCUCGACCACCUCCUCC